AUGGGCGGCUGGUGGCCAUCCUACUGCGACGCGAUGGACUGCGCCCACGCAGCGCUGCUGGACGGACUCGCCGUGCUCUUCAUGCUCGCCUGCAUGCUUCGCAUGCGCACGCUCGUCGCAGGCCGCUGUGCUCGCAUCGAGCGCCCGUGGCUCCGCCUCAAGUACGCGCUCGCGGUACUUCAAGUGUUUUUGUGCAUUGCGUUCUUCGCCAUCAACAGCAUGCUGCACCGCAUGACGACGCCGUCGCAGGACAUCAACCUGACAGCGCAAGGCGUCGCGUGGGCCUUUUAUGCCGCGAUCUUGCUCGACGACGGGGAGACCGCGUGGCUGCGCCUGCUCGUGGUCGCUCGCGGCGCGUUGGCAGGGCACGUGGUGUACCAAUCGGGGGCACCUCGCAUCGAGCGCUACGACCAUGUCUGUCUCGCCAGUGUGCACAGCGCCACGCUCACUCUCGGGUGCUUGGCACUCUUGCCCGCGAUGGCGCGUCGUCCUUCUGACGCAGCAAGCCCAUACGAUCACGCAUCCUUAACGUCGCGACUGCUGUACCUCUGGGUCUCGCCCUUCGUGACGCUCGGUUUACGCCGGCGCUUUGAAAUGGCCGACAUUCCGCCGCUGCCGCGCGUCGACCACACGGCGUCUGCCAGCCACGCCUUCCAGUCGGCGCUUUUGCGUGAACGCCGGCGGUCGUCGCCGUCUUUUUUCCGGCUUCUCCGCCAAUUGUACGGCUGGCAAGUCGUCGGGUUUGGUCUCUGGUCGGCGUGCAACAAGCUCCUUUCGCUUGCGAGUCCGUUCCUCAUCAAAGAAUUUCUCGAGUGGGCCGAGCACCCGACACCGUCACGCGGCUACGUGUUGGCCGGCGCCAUCUGCGGCCAAGCCGUCCUCAGCGCACUCUCCGGUUCCCAAUAUGGCUUGGCGUGGACGCGCUUUGACAUUCGGCUGCGCGCGGGCCUCAUGGCUGCCAUUUACGGCCGGACGCUCGAGCUCUCGGCAAGCGAGAAGGCCGCGCACGGCAUUGGCCGUCUGACCAACUACGUGUCUGUGGACCUCGGCCGCCUCGUCGGCAUGCCGGGCUCUGUGUUUGACAUGGUUCUUAUCCCGAUGGAGAUCGCGAUUGCGCUCUACCUCCUCGGGCGCGAGGUCUCGUACGCGUUUGUCGCGGGACUCGUUGUGCUGGGCGUCAUGCUGCCGAUUCAAACGGUGCUUGGCGCGACGCUCCAACGCGUCACACGCGCCAUGCUCUCCUUCCGCGACGACCGCGUCGAGUGGAGCUCGAUGCUGCUCCAAGGCGUGCGCGUGCUCAAGCUCUUGGCAUGGACCGACGUCUACCUGGAGAAAAUGCAAGCCGCGCGGUCCCUCGAGAUGCAGCGUCUCCGCGUGCGCAAGUACCUCGAUGCGCUCUGCGUCGUAUUUUGGGCGUCGACGCCGGUCAUUGUCCAGUCGUCGGUCUUUGUCGCCGUCAUCUACGCAGGUCAUGACCUCACGGCCGCGAAUGCGUUCACAGCGAUUGCGCUCCUCGACCGGCUCAUCUUCCCCAUGAACUACUUUCCAUGGAUCAUCAACGGCUUCUUGGAGGCCCGCGUCUCGGCGCUGCGUCUCCGCGCCUUCCUCUUCCCGACCGCCCGUCCGUCGGCCGCCAUUUUGGAGGCGCCGGACGGCGGUCGCACGACCUUCUUGUGGCGCGACUGCGAGUUUGCGUGGACGGCAUCGAACGACGAGACCCGCGAUCUCUCGACACCGCUCUUGACGCCCGACGCUACCAUGUUCGAGGUGCGCUUGGACCAUCUCACGCUGCAGAAAGGCGAUGUGCUCGUGCUCACGGGGCCCGUCGGCUGCGGCAAAACGUCGCUGCUUCUGGCGCUUCUCGGCGAGAUGCCGCUCGUGCACGGCGACCGCUUUGCACCCCGGGGCGCCCGCGUGUCGUAUGCGCCCCAAACCCCGUGGCUCUUCCCUGCCUCGAUCCGGCGCAACGUGACCCUCGUGCCCGACGACGACCAUAUCGAUGACGCGCUCUACGAGAAGGUUCUUUCUGCGUGCUGCCUCGACGUCGACUUCUCAUCGCAGCCGCUCGGCGACCGCACGCUCUUGAGCGAAGACGGCGCCAACUUGAGCGGCGGCCAGCGCCUCCGCGUCGGGCUUGCGCGCGCCUUGUACCAGCGCGCGGCCUUGUACCUCUUGGACGACUGCUUGAGCGGCCUCGACACAUUGACGGCGACCAAUGUGCUCUCGCGACUGCACACGGUGCUGCCAGACGAUGCAGCGCUCGUGUUGGCGACGCACGCCGUCGGGCUUCUCGGUUCAUUUCGCUGCAGCGCGAUUCUGGUGCUCGACCAAGGCCGUAUCGCCCAGCUCGGCACGUACGACGAGCUGGCUACAACAGGCACCUUUCACGCGCUGCUGCAGCACAUACAAGGCAGCGACGCGCGUGCCAAUGACUGCGUAUCCGACGACGUUGCUAUCACAGCGCACGAGGCCGAGGCGUCGGAUGCGACCGAGACGGAAGAGCACCGCGAAAAUGGCGCCGUGGCCGCCUCGGUGUGGCGACAGUACGCCUCGGCCAUGGGCUGGCACGUCGCGCUUGGUCUCUUUCUGGCGGUCGUGGCCAUGCAAGUGACGCGCAACGGACUCGACUACUGGGUCGCCUCGUACGUCUCGGGGCACGCGAUGCCGGCCAUGACGUUUGCGAAUGGCCUCUUGAUCCUCACCGGCGUCAACAUUGCGGCGGUGGCGUGCCGCGCCUUCCUCUUUGCGUAUGGCGGUCUCCGCGCUGCCAACCGCCUGUAUGCGUCGCUCGUGCAGCACCUCUUCCACGCGCCACUGGCGUUCUUUCACGUCACACCGACGGGACGCAUCUUGAACCGGCUCAGCGGCGACACGUACGGCGUCGACGAGUCGCUGCCGUUCAUUCUCAACAUUUGCAUCAAAGACGCGGCCGAGAUGCUCGGGACGCUGUGUAUUCUGCUGCUGACGACGCCGCUCGUACUGCUGCUGCUGCUUCCGCUCUCGCUCGUCUACGGCCGCGUCCAGCAGUGGUAUCGACCGACGUCGCGGCACGUGCGGCGCUUGGACGCCGUCGCGCAGUCGCCGCUGCUCAUGCACUUUCACGCAACGCUAAACGGCCUCUCGGUGCUCCGUGGCCUGCAGUGCCACAUGCGCUGGUACCACGAGUACCUCACGCUCCUCAACAACUCACAAAGGAUGAGUUUUCUGAGUGCAAACGCGAGCGCGUGGUUUGGGCUGCGCCUCGACGCGCUUGGCGUCGUGCUCACGUCGGCCAUCGGCGUCUACGCCGCCGUCAUGUCGCACCUCGGGGCGCCCGUGCCGUCCGGGACUCUCGGCCUCCUCCUGAUCUACGCGCUGCCGAUCGUCGGCAAGUGCAACGCGAUCCUCGGCAGCUUGAUCGCGACCGAGCAAAACAUGAUUGCGGUCGAGCGUGUCCUGGAAUACGCGUCGUUGCUGCCCGAAGUCGACGGCGCGUCGCCGAUGCUGCCGACGUGGCCCAGCAACGGCGUCGUGCGCUAUGACAACGUUCGAGUCGCGUAUGGAGACGACAACCAAGCGGCGCUCGGUCCGCUCACGAUAUCACUCCGCGCCAAGGAGAAGGUGGGCAUUUGCGGUCGCACGGGCGCCGGCAAGAGCUCGUUUCUGCACGCGCUCUUCCGCGCGAUGCCGUACGCCGGCCGCAUCACGAUCGACAACGUGGACAUCGCGUCCAUGUCGCUCUCGACGCUCCGGAGUGCGCUCUGCUUCGUGCCACAAGAGGCGAUGCUCUUCCGCGGCACGCUGCGCUCGAAUCUCGAUCCCUUCGGAGACGCCGACGACAGCGCGAUUUGGGACGCGUUGCGGCGGUGCUGCCUCGACGCCGUCGUUCGGUCGUGGCCGCUCCAGCUCGAGACGCCAGUGACCGGCGACGACGACAAGCUAAGCCGCGGCCAAGCAGCGCUAAUCAACAUCGCGCGCGCCGUCUUGCGAAAAUCCAAAGUCGUGUGCAUCGACGAGGCAACGGCCAGCAUCGACCACGCCACCGAAGCCAUCGUCCAAGAGACGCUGCGCAGUGUCUUUGAGGACGCCACCGUGCUCACGGUCGCCCACCGCAUGCAUACGAUCCUCAACUGCGACCGCGUCCUCGUGCUCGACCACGGCCACGUCGUCGAGUGGGACACCCCCGCGGCGCUUCUAAGUAACCCGGCGGGGCAGUUUACCAAGCUUGUCCAGCCUGCUGCCACGUCACCCAGUACCCUAAACACUGCAAAUCGCUAA